CACACUCACAGCCAAGCGGAGAGCGAGGCAGCAGCAGCUUGAGGAGAAACCAGAGCUGCAGAAACACCAGACGUCUGUUGGAGCCGCCUGAAUCCCAGACCAGGGUCUACUGGACCUGCCAGUCCUGAAUCAGGGUCUACUGGACCUGCCAGUCCUGAAUCAGGGUCUACUGGACCUGCCAGUCCUGAAUCAGGGUCUACUGGACCUGCCAGUCCUGAAUCAGGGUUUACUGGACCUUCUGGAGACCCGAUGGAAAAGUCCUUCCCGUCUUUUCUCCCGGAGCAUCUCUGCGGUCGGAGACCUGGUCCUCACGCCGCCUGGACCUCCCAGACCUGCAGACCUCAUCAUCUCAGCCUGGAGAGCGUCAGUCAUGUGGACCGGACCGUCUGAGUCCACUUGAGUCCAGCUCAUCACUUUCAGGUCAAACUGUUUCUGGUGGUCUGGACACCUGAAGAACCCCGACUGCUGGAUCCUGCUGGACUGUCAGAGGGUCUCAGGACCUGAGAGACCAGAACCCUCUGAGGGACCAGGGACUUGAGAGACCAGAACCCACUGUGAGGGACCAGGGACUUGAGAGACCAGAACCCACUGAGGGACCAGGGAUUUGAGAGACCAGAACCCACUGUGAGGGACCAGGGACUUGAGAGACCAGAACCCACUGAGGGACCAGGGACUUGAGAGACCAGAACCCACUGAGGGACCAGGGACUCAAUAGACCAGAACCCACUGAGGGACCAGGGACUUGAGAGACCAGAACCCUCUGAGGGACCAGGGACUUGAGAGACCAGAACCCACUGAGGGACCAGGGACUUGAGAGACCAGAACCCACUGAGGGACCAGGGACUCGAGAGACCAGAACCCACUGAGGGACCAGGGACUCAAGAGACCAGAACCCACUGAGGGACCAGGGACUCAAGAGACCAGAACCCACUGAGGGACCAGGGACUUGAGAGACCAGAACCCACUGAGGGACCAGGGACUUGAGAGACCAGAACCCACUGAGGGACCAGGGACUUGAGAGACCAGAACCCACUGAGGGACCAGGGACUUGAGAGACCAGAACCCACUGAGGGACCAGGGACUCAAGAGACCAGAACCCACUGAGGGACCAGGGACUUGAGAGACCAGAACCCACUGAGGGACCAGGGACUUGGAUCCGGUCCGUGACGUGGUCUCCGGGGUCGUGGGGGUUCCUGCUGGUCCCUCAGAGGUUCUCCUGUGGUUCUGUUGUUCUGCUCUAAUCUCUUGGUUCUGAAGCUCUAACACGGGUUCUCUCUCCUCAGAACCUUCUGGUUCCUCUCUGCCCGACUCAGGUUGAUGAGGACGCUCCUACAGACACCAGCAGGUCUCCCUGGGGCCCACCGGGCCCACCGGGUCCAGCGGGCCCUUGUCCUCGUCCUCCCUCGGCUCCGGCUCUCUGAUACUCGACGCAGUCGGACAUGAAAAGACACUUUUCCAAGUAUCGCUGGUUUAGAAGCCGCCGCGCUCUGAUUGGCCGAUUACAGAUGGAUUGGCCGGUUGCAGGCCUCUGAUUGGACCCUCGCGGGCCGCUCUCUUUCAUCCUCUGAAGCCGAUUUCUUUUAUUCGACGCGAGUUCUCGGAUCUUCGGCUUCGACCGACCGCAAAGCAUCAUGGGAGAUCGGGGGGAACCCGGUUCCUAGCGGUCCUCUUUCUGUCGACGGCGACCCGGUUCUCAGGAGGUCAUCGGGUCGUUAUCGGACCUCCUCAGACCUGCAGCUCGGCAGCUCCGAAGCCUCCGUCUUUCCCGCGUCCGGCGCCGACAUGCCGCCCGGAGCGGCGGCGCCGGGCGUGGCGGGCGUGGCGGGCGGCGCCGGGCGGCGCCUGCUCCGAUGGCUGGGCCCCCGGCUGUGGACCCGGCGGGGGGCCCUGGUGUUCGCCCUGCUCUGGUUCGGGUCCUGGUUGCUCCUCAACAGCCUGGUUCUGGUCCACAGGAGCAUCCUGUCCGACUUCUGCACCGACGACAAGAGCAAGAGCAUCCUGCAGAGACUGUGCCUGGAGUUCGGCGAGGGCUCGGUGACGGGCGACAUGUGUGAGGACCUGUGCGUGCUCGGCCUCGUCGAGUACAAGCGCUGCCUCUACUACGAGAACGGGAAGAAGGUGGUGGAGGCGCGCUGGAGAGGGAGCCGCGUCAUCCUCAAGUCCAAACUGGAGAACUUCUCCUCCUACGAGCCCCUGGGAAUACUGGACUACCAGGACACAGCGGAGGAGCUCUCGCCGCUCGAUGUGGUUUUCUACGCCACUCUGGAGGUACGUAACUCUCUGGGGCUGGCUGACGAGGAGGAGGACGAAGGAGGAGGAGGAGGAGGAGGAAGUAACGUCUCUCUGGCCAGACUGUGGGGGAAGAAGCUGAAGAGCCGAGAGAAGAGCUACUCCCGGGCGGAUCUGGCCUCCCUCUGGUCCCUGCUGCAGCAGGAGGAGUACACCUUCCUCCGGGUCCUGCAGGACCUCAGCACCCACGUGGCCCAGGUGCUGGGCUCCUGCGGCCACUUCUACGCCGUGGAGUACCUGUCGGCCGGCCACGCCUGGGACCAGAACCUCUUCUCCCUGGACGAGGCCCGCGGCCGCUGGAGCGCCCGGCAGCAGGUGCAGCGCAUCGCGCUCAGCUUCCUGCACAUGGUGGAGCACUUCGACCACGACUUCACCCACAAGCUGCACCUGUGUGACAUCAAGCCGGAGAACUUCGCCAUCAGGGACGACCUCACGGUGGUGGCCAUCGACGUGGACAUGGCGUUCUUCGAGCCCAAGAUGAGGGACAUCCUGGACCAGAACUGCAGCAGCGACGACGACUGCAACUUCUUCGACUGCUCGUCCAGCUGCAACCUGAAGCGGGGCAGGUGCAGCGCCCGCCGGCGCAACAGCAACCUGCAGGUGAGCGGGGAGGUCAAAGGGCCAGAGGUCAAAGAGGUUAAUUCCCCUAUUUUCUCCCCCUUUCCUUUCCUGUUUCCUCCUCUCAUCUCCUUCUCCCUCCUCCUCUCUCAUCUUCUUCUUCUUCAGGUGAUUUGUGAGAAGAUCUUCCGGCCGUGGUUUUCUCCCACGCUGCUCGGAGCCAAAGCAGGUCUCCCUCUGCAGGUGGAGCUGCAGCGAGCGGUGCAGGAGUGCUCAGAAACAGACGGAGGUGUGGAGGAGGAUGAAGGAGGAGAGGCAGGUCAAGAAAGGGGCGUCCAUCAGCGCCUCCUCAGCAUCCUGACCCGCCUCCUCCAAGAGGGAGGGGCUUCUGGUGAGGGAGGCGGGGCCUGGGAUGAGAAAGGUCACGCCCACACUGCGCUGAACUUCUGAGCAGGUGAAGAGAAGGCUGCCUGGGACUUGUGGGCGGGGCUUCAUCCUGGAGCCCACGGACCCUCCUGGAGAAAACCAGCGAAUCCAGAGCAUGAAGCUUUCAAUCAGGACCAGAAUCCAGAUCCAACAGGACUCAGACGGACUUAUUCAAGACUAUAUCUGAACAUGAACUAUGGAUAUGUCAUACAUGGCUUCUAAGGUAGAGAAAGGACUGGACCUCACCUUGAACUGGAACCAGGAGAGUGGACCUGGUCUCCUCAGAGGUCCAUGGUCCGGAUCCCCUCAUGGACCAUGGUCCGGAUCUCCUCAUGGACCAUGGUCUGGAUCUCCUCAGAGGACCAUGGUCCGGAUCCCCUCAUGGACCAUGGUUCCGGAUCCCCUCAUGGACCAUGGUCCGGAUCUCCUCAGAGGACCAUGGUCCGGAUCCCCUCAUGGACCAUGGUCCGGAUCUCCUCAGAGGACCAUGGUCCGGAUCCCCUCAUGGACCAUGGUCUGGAUCCCCUCAUGGACCAUGGUUCCGGAUCCCCUCAUGGACCAUGGUCCGGAUCUCCUCAGAGGACCAUGGUCCGGAUCCCCUCAUGGACCAUGGUCUGGAUCCCCUCAUGGACCAUGGUCUGGAUCUCCUCAGAGGACCAUGGUCCGGAUCCCCUCAUGGACCAUGGUCCGGAUCUCCUCAGAGGACCAUGGUCCGGAUCCCCUCAUGGACCAUGGUCCGGAUCUCCUCAUGGACCAUGGUCUGGAUCUCCUCAGAGGACCAUGGUCCGGAUCCCCUCAUGGACCAUGGUUCCGGAUCCCCUCAUGGACCAUGGUCCGGAUCUCCUCAGAGGACCAUGGUCCGGAUCCCCUCAUGGACCAUGGUCCGGAUCUCCUCAGAGGACCAUGGUCCGGAUCCCCUCAUGGACCAUGGUCUGGAUCCCCUCAUGGACCAUGGUUCCGGAUCCCCUCAUGGACCAUGGUCCGGAUCUCCUCAGAGGACCAUGGUCCGGAUCCCCUCAUGGACCAUGGUCUGGAUCCCCUCAUGGACCAUGGUCUGGAUCUCCUCAGAGGACCAUGGUCCGGAUCUCCUCAGAGGACCAUGGUCCGGAUCCCCUCAUGGACCAUGGUCCGGAUCUCCUCAGAGCACCAUGGUCUGGAUCCCCUCAUGGACCAUGGUCCGGAUCCCCUCAUGGACCAUGGUCUGGAUCUCCUCAGAGGACCAUGGUCCGGAUCCCCUCAUGGACCAUGGUCCGGAUCUCCUCAGAGGACCAUGGUCCGGAUCCCCUCAUGGACCAUGGUCCGGAUCUCCUCAGAGGACCAUGGUCCGGAUCUCCUCAGAGCACCAUGGUCUGGAUCCCCUCAUGGACCAUGGUCCAGAUCCCCUCAUGGACCAUGGUCUGGAUCUCCUCAGAGGACCAUGGUCCGGAUCCCCUCAGAGGGUUUGAGUGUACAUGAACGUGUACGAUGAAGUAAAUGUAUUCAGUAAAAGUGACUCGAGGUU